UUAUUUGAGCAGGGGUGGGCUAAAUUUAGCACGUACACGAGAACACGUCAAUCAUCGAGACGUGAUAUGCCUGACGCGCGAAGUGGAUCAGUCUCGCCUAAAUUUGAAGAGCAUUUCGCAUUCACUCACACAACAAGCUAGUAGCGAUUCACUCCGCUAAUACCGGGAGUACCUUGAUUUUGAAGAAUAUCACUGGUUUAAAAUAUAAAGAUGGAUUCGGAGUGCCAAUGCCAGAGAAUAACAACACAAACAACAGCGGUUCGGCGGAUUCCGACUUUGGACGUAGAUUUACGCGUUCGCCGAUUUCAUCGGGAUGAUACUCGGCGAAUUCACAAUCUUUUCUUGGAAGAAACGAGGUGUUUGGUAUGGCCAAUGUUUGCACAAGCCAUUCGAAGUCCUCCAGCGAUCAUUUUGCAUCUUUUAUUCAUGGCUGUUGGGGCAAUGCUGGCCAGAUCCUUUGUUAUUGCUUUGUUUGGAGUCAUCCUGACAGCUGCCGCUAUUUUCGUGUAUACUUACCGUUGGUUUUAUCAAUACUUGACUAGCUCAUUGAAAGGGGACUUGGCAAACAUUUCCCAGUAUUACCUUUGCAAGGCAAAGUGUAAUUUUCUGGUGGCGGAGUUCGACAACUCGAUCAUCGGAUUCAUUGCAAUUGAUCAAAAAUCUGAAACAAUAGCGUCGGUUAGGAGGAUGUCUGUCGACACUUGUUUUCUCGGAAGAAGAAAAUUCAUCGUUACCAGACUCUUUCAAGAGGCCUUCAAAUUUUGCCAAGAGUGUGGGUACUCAGAAAUGGUCGUGGAAUUUCCUGGAACGCAAAAAACAAAGAGCUACGAACUUCGUCGGUGCGACACAAAACCGACACGUCCAGAUAUCUCUGUUCCGCGAGAAGGUUGAAUUUCACGCUCAGCCCAGGCUCCCAAAUAAACGCAAAAACUUAAAGUCGCGUACCUUUUCUUCUUCCGCCAUCACGUGACGUCAUAGCGUCAAUAUUUGGAUUAACCGGAAGUGGUAAGUUCUCGUGACAUCAUGUGCGUGAGGCACAUAAGAGGAAGUCUGCACGCAAGCACAUCCUACCUUUUAUGAUGCUGGAGUUGAUUCCUUAUUUCAUAGAAUAUCUAUGAACGGAACUACAAAGACAGUCGUGGGUAUAUGCAUAAACACAUCUGUAUCCUGCGAGGUCAAUUGUUCACCAGUUCAUAACCUAAACAAACAGCUGAAAGUCUUGAAAGUUACUCCAAGAAGUGCGCAUUUUAACCCAGUCCCUAUCGGCCAUAACCUCCUACACAGAUGUAGAUUCGGCCCAUUGGACAAUCUUUGUCUCGCAGUUAUCUGCCAAACCGAAGGAACUUCGUUGAAGAAAGGCACAUUGACGGCAAACAGUACUAAAAAUGAGAUAACUAAACAGAAGAGGAAAAAACAUUUCUAGUCAAUCACACCCGAAUUCUACCAAACUUGACAUUCGUUAGUUUAAACCCUUUGACCUCUGACCAGCAUCUAAUUUCUCCUUACAAGUCAUCCUCGAUUCACACAUUAAGGUCAUGAGAAAGCUUUUGAUCGAUAAACAAAUUCUCCUUGACAGCGCCAGUAAGAAAUGUAUAGAGAACAGUAUUGAGAACUUGCAUAAUGAUCUUAGGGUGUGAAGGGUCAUCAAGAACGAUUAGAUGAUUAAACUUAGUUUAAUGUAAACUUAAGGUUCAGUAUCCUUUGUUGAGCAAACGUUGUAAAUUAAAUGCAAACAAUUUUUCUCUUCCCAUAUUCAAAUCUACAAAUAGCAAACUCUACAAGUAAGGACGUGAAUUGAAAUGAAAAGAUAGACACAAAAAUGAAGAGACGCAAAACGUUAGAGGGUCACCUCUUAAGAAAAUAUUACGAUGUAAAUAUGUGCAAGCAAAAGCGAAAGGCAAAAUAAAUAUACGAAGACCGUCUUUCAAA